AUGCUCCAAGGUGAGGAUGUAGAUUUUCUACAAGAAAUGUAUUAAAUAAAAGAAAUAGCAAAGAUCGGAGAGGGAAGCUUUGGAAAAGUGUAUAAGGCAACAGACUUAACAGAUAAUACAGAGUGUGCUGUCAAGGUUGUUUCUAAAACACUUUUCAAAGAUGCAUAAAUUGAAUCAGAUAUUUAUUAGUAGUUAAAUCAUCCUCAUAUCGUCCAAUGCAAAAGAAUAACAGAAAAUAAGAAUUAAUUUUUUUUAAUUAUGGAACUCAUGAAAGGAGGAACAUUGGCACAGCGUAUGAAUUAAGAAUAUACUGAUGAGGACUUUGCGAUUAUUAUGAAAGGAAUUCUAUUAGCAGUUCACUAUUUACAUGAGAAAAGAAUCAUUCAUAGAGACUUAAAACCAGAAAACAUCAUGUUUGCCACAACUGACAUAAGGACAGUCAAGAUUGCUGAUUUUGGCUUAAGUUUCAAGUUUGCAUCAGAAGGCAUGUUCUAUAGUUUGCUUAAUAAAAAAUGUGGAACUGUCAUUUAUAUGGCUCCUGAGUAAUUUAAAGAGAAAUUUUAUAGUAAACAAGUUGACUCAUGGAGUUGCGGAGUUAUUAUGUACAUGUUAUUGAAUUCUGGUUAGCAUCCAUUUUAUAAUAAAAACGACACUAGAGAUUAAGUGAUCAAGAAAAUCAUGAAUCCAAUAUGGUAAUUAUCAGAUCACAUGAGCCCAUUAGCAAAGGAUCUUAUCUAAAAAUUGACUACAAUUGAACCCAUUGAAAGGUAUAGUGUCGGUUAGGCAUUGAUUCAUCCUUGGAUUACUCGAAAUUUCUCAGAUAAAAUUCCAUUAACUUAUAAUGAGCAAAUAUCAUAGUUUAUUAAGGAUCAGUAAAUUCGAAAUUCAUUUAAGUUACUGCUCUUUUUACAAUAUCUAAUGAAAAAUUGUCCAAUUUAACAACCAUAUCCAAAUGAUGAGAUAUUAUUAAAAUUGACUGAUAAGAAAAAACUUUUGUAGCAGUAUUAAUCUUUACCCAAUCCUAAAUCAUAAAAAUAAAAAAUGGUAUCAAAUAUUCAAAAAAUAAAAAAUAUGAGAUCCAAAAGUCCGAAAGAUUAGAAAUCAAAGUAAAAUUCAAAAUCAAAGCCAAAGACUUCUUUUGACAAUUUGAAUACACUAGAAGAUUAGAAGUAUACAAUAGCUUCAUUCAAAAAGUGCUUUUAACAAAAGGCCUCUGUGAGACCCAAAACAAUUGACGAGAUUUUGAAUGACAAUUCAGCUAAAUCUAGAUAAAUUGUAAGGCAAAAGUUAGAGUUGCCUCCUUUAAAAAGAAAAUGA